GUGAAAAGGGGAGGGCCUUCGGAGGACUGUUUUUAUUUAUUUCUUUGUUUCAUGUGCAUAAAACAACAACAAUGGUGGAUAAUUGAAGAAGUGUGAUUAUUAGGAUGAGCGAAUGACAUUUCCAGUCCCAGUUACCAGACCGAUAUCACAAGUGAAUCAACAGGGGGAGGAUGAAGCGGCGCAAUGCGGACUGCAGCAAACUCCGACGGCCGUUAAAACGGAACCGAAUCACCGAGGGUAUAUAUAGCAGUACGUUCCUGUACCUGAAGUUCCUGGUAGUGUGGGUGUUAGUUCUGCUGGCCGACUUUGUGCUGGAGUUCAGGUUUGAGUACCUGUGGCCCUUCUGGCUUUUUAUCAGAAGUGUCUACGACUCCUUCAGAUAUCAGGGGCUGGCGUUCUCUGUCUUCUUCGUGUGUGUGGCGUUUACGUCAGACAUCAUCUGCCUCCUCUUCAUCCCUGUCCAAUGGCUGUUUUUUGCCGCCAGCACCUACGUAUGGGUCCAGUAUGUUUGGCACACAGAAAGAGGAGUCUGUCUCCCCACUGUAUCGCUGUGGAUCCUGUUUGUGUACAUCGAAGCUGCCAUAAGGUUCAAAGAUCUGAAGAACUUUCACGUAGACCUGUGUCGACCCUUUGCUGCUCACUGUAUCGGCUAUCCAGUGGUGACUCUGGGCUUCGGCUUUAAGAGCUACGUUAGCUACAAGAUGCGACUGAGGAAACAGAAGGAAGUGCAGAAAGAGAAUGAAUUCUACAUGCAGCUUCUACAACAGGCUUUACCGCCAGAGCAACAGAUGCUGCAGAGACAGGAGAGGGAGGCAGAGGAGGCUGCUUUAGCUAAAGGGAUCUCCGAGGUAGAACCCACAGUAAUAUCCCAAAACGGAGCACCUCCUGGAAAGAAAAGCACCUCAGUCCCACUCCCAGAACUGGAGUACCGAGAAAAAGGGAAGGACAGUACCGCGAAAGAGCGCGAGGGCAAAAAACAAAACACAAUUGGAAUCAAUAACAACAGUAUUAUACACGCACUGGACUCCAAACUACAGGAGGCAGAGUACAUAGAAAACUACGUUGGGGCAAAGAGACUGAAUAACGACCUGGCAGUAGAGAAUACACACACCGACGCCAACACACACUCUGCUUCUAAAGAGGAAAUGGGGGGAACGGGGAAGAACUACAAAAAUGCCAGCGGAGGUGGGGGUAACAUUUCCAACUCGUCUCCACGGAAUCACAGUUCUUCAAACGGCAGCGUGCCACCGGGCUCCUCCACCAGUAAGAAUGAGAAGAAGCAGAAGGGGGCGGGGAAGGGGCAGAAGGAUCCAGUGGAGAACUGCAUCCCAAACAACCAGCUGGGCAAGCCGGACGCUCUCGUACGGCUGGAGCAGGAUGUAAAGCGUCUGAAGGCAGAUCUUCAGGCCAACAGGCAGCUGGAGUCAGAGCUGCGGAGUCAGCUUUCCUCUCUGAGCAGCCAGGACCGCAGCCUACGCUCUGAACUGGGCCAGCUCCGGCAGGACAACGAGCUGCUACAAAACAAGCUCCACAGUGCGGUCCAGGCCAAGCAGAAGGAUAAGCAGACCAUCUCCCAGCUGGAGAAGAGGCUGAAGGCUGAGCAGGAGGCCCGAGCCCUCGCUGAGAAACAGCUGGCCGAGGAGAGGAAGAGGAAGAAGAUGGAGGAGGCCACUGCUGCCAGAGCCGUAGCAUUAGCUGCUGCCACCAGAGUGGAGUCAACUGACUCUCUGCGUGGUCGCAUUAGAGAGCUGGAGACGGAGUGUAAAAAGCUCAGCAUGGACAUGAAACUGAAGGAGGAGCAGAUAAGGGAUCUGGAGGGCAAGUGUCAGGAGCUUCGGAAGUAUAAAGAGAAUGAGAAGGACACAGAGGUGUUGAUGUCAGCGCUGUCAGCAAUGCAGGAGAAGACCCAGCACCUGGAGAACAGCCUGAGCGCUGAGACCAGGAUCAAACUGGACCUCUUCUCUGCACUGGGGGAUGCCAAGAGGCAGCUGGAGAUAGCACAAGGCCAGAUCCACCAGAGGGAGCAGGAGAUCGCCGAGCUGAAGCAGAAGAUAGCAGAGGUGAUGGCAGUGAUGCCCAGCCUGUCCUACUCAUCAGACGGCAGCAACCUGAGCCCCGUCACCCCACACUACUCCUCUAAGUUCAUGGACAAUAGUCCCUCCUCCCUGGACCCCAACGCCUCAGUCUACCAGCCCCUGAAAAAGUGACUCUGAUCUCCACACUUUUCUCAGACAGAACUUUGUCUCUUUCUUUUGGUGAAGCUCUCAGUUCCGGUUUAGGUUAUUUUUGAGUUUACAAGACCCCUGACAGUUUUUGCACUCUAAUGUACCACACACAUACACACACACACACACACACACACACACACACACACACACAAACACAGUGCACACAAUCCCUCCAUACAUAUGUGUAUUUGGCUCCUUUUUUUUGGUUCUAUUAUGAGAACUAUUAUUUUGAGAGGGUUGUGUACAAUUGGACUUUUUGUUGUUGAGUUUUGGGAUUUAGCCAUUAGACAGCGUGAUCUGUUUGAAAAGGGGAGAAAGGAACACAGUUUGUUGGCCAAAUGUCGACUGAAGAGCCGUCAUGCAUCGCUUCAUGUUAGUCUUCUUUUGGUGUCGUUAUAACCCCCCCACAGCCAUAUUUUCUCCUACAGUGAACUGACACAUAUUGAAAAACAAUUGGCUUUUUAUAAGUGUUUCAGUUAAGGUGCAAGAUUCUGUACAUUUUCAGUUUGAGUGUGAAACUCGCCUGUAAAGUAAAGCCCAGCGAGAGAUACAUGAAUGUAAAACUAUUCAUGUUUAAAUCAGUGAUUGUUUGUUUUGUAAUGUUUCAGUUCACUUAUGACAAUGUACAUUUAUUCUAAACUAGUAAUACUGAAAAGAUAAACCUUUGCUGUGUUCUUCACAUAUUCCAAUCCAAUUUAUCCUCUAAAUGCUGGAACAGUGGAAUCUCCAGGAUUAUCAGUUAGUGGAUGAAGCAGAUGUAGUUCUGUGCUAAAAAAAAUGCUACUGCUAGAUUGGACCUGGCACUGCCAAAACAUUAACGUCCACUUCUUUGCUGCAGACACCUUUCCUCUCCCUCUGGACCAAAUUAGAACCUGUUAGGCCAUAUCGUUCACCGGAUUUAAUGAUGUCGAGGUAACUGGUGGUUACCGUUAUUUGCAGAUUUUACAGUGCCUUGCAGUUUCUCUUUUUAACAUGCAAAAACCACAUGCAAUCCUGGGAUCUAAAAGCAUCAAGCUUCAAAGCCGUGUUUCUCUCUCAACCUCCGAUUUGCCUGCUUUUCAUUCGGGAUCUCUCAGUAUCAAUUCAGUAUUCAAAGGCUUAAACAAUUAAAGGGAUAGUUCAGAUUUUUUUGAAGUGGAGUUGUAGGGGAUACUUAUCCAUAGACAGUGUUUUACAUACAAUAGACAUCAGUAUUCAUGCCCUUAAUAUGGAGAAGCAGGCUGGAGUCCUGCAUGGAAGCUAAGCAAUGUACUAUUGUGGAUGGGGGCCAGCAGCAAAAUGUAUU